AUGUCGUCCUCAGGAAAAGUCAAGGCCGGCCAGCUCUGGGGCAAGAGCAAGGACGACCUGAAGAAGCAGCUCGACGACCUCAAGACCGAGCUGGUGCAGCUGCGCACACAGAAGAUUGCCGGCGGCGCUUCCACCAAGCUCACCAAAAUCCACGAUGUCCGCAAGUCGAUCGCCCGAGUCCUCACAAUAAUCAACGCGAACCAGCGCGCGCAACUACGGCUCUUCUACAAGAACAAGAAGUACAUGCCGCUGGACCUCCGCCCGAAGCAGACGCGUGCAAUGCGCAGAAGGUUAUCGAAGCAUGAGGCUAGCUUGGUAACCGAGAAGCAGAAGAAGAGGGCGAUGCACUUCCCGCAGAGGAAGUACGCUGUGAAGGUAUGA